AUGUAUCGUGCCAAGGCAGUUCCAGAUGAUGGAGUUUCACGUCCGAAUAAUUUUCGAUUUGGAAUAGCAGAAGAAGAAUUGUUUGACUGCAUCAUAUUGUUCGAAAGUAACCUCAGUAUUACUGAGGCUGCGUUAGGUCAAGUGGAACGAUAUAUUCAGAAUGUUUGCCCCGAGGCGUCAGCAAGCGCUAUUCUCUUCGAUCGCCGCUCCUUUUGGCUGAUUAGAAGCCACAAAUCUAUAGUUGUCAAAGUUCAAGUAGCAAUGUGGGCCAACAAGGGAUCGAAGUCAUUGUUUCAAAACUUUAUAGCAGACAACAUUUCCCCAUGGGUGACACGCCUCUCCCUCUCCUGCCAGUAUUUGGGCGUUGAUGUGAUAGAGGGUGAUGCAUUUCUCGGUCGUGGCGCUCAUGGACGCGUAUUCAGAGUCAUUAGACAAGAUGGCAAAGUAUUCGCGUUAAAAAUCGUGGAGAAAUGCUCGGUGGGACGACUUUAUCAAGAGGAAAGGGCCUUGAGAAUAGCCCAGCAGUCAGGCUUGACGGCUUGUCCUGUGGGAAAGAUCAUCGAAACUUCUGAUGGUGCGGCAUUAUUGUUGUCUCCUGUGGGGAAACCUCUGCCUCGACCGACAACACGACAUGAAGUACUAAGCCUUUUUGAAUUGUUAAGGCAACUACACAAGAAUGGUUUGGUCCAUGGAGAUCCUCGUGUGUCGAAUGUAAUUCUUACGGGGAAAAGCUUCUCUGGAUUGAUCUUGUAA